AUGGCCAUGAUGAGAACGUUUGCGAGCUUGGCCGUUCUUCUGGUCAUGGCCCAAUUAGCAAUGGGAGCAAAUCAUACGGUUGGUGGGCCACAGGGUUCGUGGGAUUUGAGCACUAACUUUCAGCAAUGGGCAUCGUCUAACUCAUUUUCUGUGGGUGAUAAUCUAAUUUUCCAGUAUGCUCCUGUCCACAGCGUGCUGGAGGUGACAAAGGCCGAUUACGAUUCAUGCCAGUUCGGAAAUCCGCUGGAGAGUCACACCGACGGGAACACGGUCAUCCCUCUAACGUCUCCCGGUAAGCGAUACUUCAUCUGUGGAACUGAGGGCCAUUGCAGCCAAGGAAUGAAGGUUGAAAUCGAUACAGUCGCUGAAUCAGCUCCAUCCGUCAGUCUGGGAAGUACGCCUCCAAACACCGACGGUCCAUCACCGUCACCUUCCGCUUCUCCUAUUAUACCUCCACCUUCUACUUCACCAAUCAUCUCACCUUCGAAAUCUCCUUCUCCAUCUCCGAAAGUCCCACAUUCUAAAUCUCCUUCACCUUCUCCCAAACACUCUCCUUCACUUUAUCCUAAACACUCUCAUUCAAAGUCCCCUUCCCCUUUCCCUUUCCCUUCCCCUUCGAAUUCUCCUUUGGUUGCACCAUUGAAAUCACCUUCGACAUUGCAUUCUCCAAGCAGUUCUCCUUCAAGUUCGCUUCCACCGGCCGGCUCUGUGCCAGUGCCGUCUCCUUCAGCAGCUAAUGGAGGUGGUGUGGGAGUGAAGGCGGCCACCGGAUUCAUUUUUGGGAUGGUGGUGAUGAUGCUUUUGGCUCUUUAAACGUUGGAAGGAAGAGGAUGUUUGUUUUACACUAGGACCAGGACUAUUUCUGUGGGUCGCCUGUGUUCAUUCAUGAAAAAAGGCCUUACCUUGCUUGUGACGAUUUUAAUUG